AUGGCCGGGGACAUAGCUGCUGCUGUUGCAGACCCGGCAGUGCGGCCGGCCAAGCUGCAUGGUCGCGCAUUCUACGAGAGCAUCGGGAGCCCCAGGUACAUCGUGGCCCCCAUGGUGGACCAGUCCGAGUUCGCCUGGAGAAUGCUGUCACGAUCCUUCCUCCCCGAGUCCGAACGGCGCAGCAUCCUCGCAUACUCGCCCAUGCUCCACGCCCGCCUCUUCAUGGACGGCCAGAAGUACCGCGACUCUCAUUUCCAGCCCACGCGAUCGUCCAAGUCCCAGAUCACCUCCAAGCCGCACGCAGGUGCCGCGACCGGCAGCAGCGAUUCCGACGAUAAGCCGUACCUGGACGGGAACCCGGCCAUCGACCGACCCCUCUUUGUGCAGUUCUGCGCCAACGACCCCGAAGCCCUCCUCUCCGCGGCGAAGCUCGUCGCGCCGCACUGCGACGCCGUGGACCUCAACCUCGGCUGCCCACAGGGCAUCGCGCGCAAGGGGCACUACGGCGCGUUCUUGCAGGAGGACCAGGAGCUCAUACACACCAUGAUCAAGACGCUGCAUGAGAACCUGUCCAUCCCCGUGACAGCCAAGAUACGCAUUCUGGAGACCAAGGAAGCGACGCUGGCGUACGCCAGGAACGUCCUAAGCGCGGGGGCCAGCAUCCUGACGGUGCAUGGGCGCAGGAGGGAGCAGAAGGGCCACAUGACGGGCGUCGCGGACUGGGAGUACAUCAGAAACCUCCGCGAGAACCUGCCGCCCGAGACGGUCAUCUUCGCCAACGGCAACAUGCUGCAGCACGGGGACCUGCGGCGGUGCCUGGACGCCACCGGCGCCGACGGCGUCAUGGCCGCCGAGGGAAACCUGAGCGACCCGGCGCUGUUCGCAACGCCGCCGCCGCCGGGCGAGGAGACGAGGGAGUACUGGCGCGGCACGGACGGCCGCGGCGGGUUCCGGGUCGACGCCAUCAUGCGCCGGUACCUGGAUAUCAUGUACCGGUACGUUCUGGAGCAGGAUCCUCCGGCGAGGCUGCCGCUGUUCGUGCCCGGGGAUGACGAGUCCUGGCUUCGGGAGCUCCAGAAACGGGAUGAGAAGAACGCAACUGAGGCGGAGGAGCCCGCGCGGAAGAAGCGGAGGAAGGACGGCGGCGGCGGAGCCAAGGUCACGUCCAUCACGGCCGGCCCCAACUUCGUCGGCAUGCAACCGCACCUGUUCCACCUCCUCCGGCACUUCGUCACGAGGCACCACGACGUGCGCGACGCGCUGGCCAAGUCGAGGCUGGGCGACAUGGCGGUGUACGAGGGCAUCCUGGCCAUGGUCGAGAGGAAGGUCGCCGAGGGCCUGCUCGAGUACGAGCGCACGGGCGGCAAGAGCGUCGAGGACGAUGGACGGAACGGCGCCUAUGAGAAGGGGUCGCGGGACGCCGACGCCGCUGUGGAACAAGCCGUCAAGGGCAACGGCGAGGCCAAGACUGAUGCCGAGGACGUCGUCAUUGACGACCCGGACAGCUCGGUUGCCACCGUGAAGAGGUGCAAGCGGCCGUGGUGGGUAGCCCAACCCAUCGUGAGGCCCCUCCCGGCUGAGGCGCUGGCGAAGGGCGCGAUAUCGCUCGGGAAGAAGGAUAAGAAGGACGCCAAGAAGAAGGCGGACGCCGAGGGACCGCCUGAUGCUGUUGCUCCUGCCAUCAAAGCGGACGAGAAUGGCACUGCCGGACAGGUGGCAGAGUCCCUGGAGAAGACCACGGACUUCCCCGAAAGCAACCUGGUUUCUGGAUAG